GAAAGCUAUAAACCAGUGCACACUGAACAUUCUUUCUUUUAUUUUCAGUUUCUAAAUUUUCCUUUAUUAGGAAAGAAGAGCAUAUAUGUCGGGCGGAAGAUUGGCAAGCAAUAAAGAUUGGAGUGUGGGACUCGGUAUUCGUCCUUGUAGAUUGGAAUUGAACCAGGGCAGAGCAAGGUGGGGAGUCUAGGGAGUCUCAACCCAACCCUCACUUUCCCACUCCGGAUAUAUUAACCCGGGAAGAUGAUCUGAAGAGCGGGGAGGAGAUGCGUCCGAUACGGGCACAUCUCUCAAGUCUCAGUUGCAAUUCAGCCCUCGAGAUGCGUAGUCGUGCACACGCGCUCUAUAAUAAACUAUCUUUAUAACCAAGGAGAGAACCAUGGCGUUGGAUUUAAGCGUUCGGGGACAAAAUUGUGUUUAUUCUGACACAUUUUCACAAUUUCAUUCUAGACAUGAUUCCGAAUCUUUAAAACAAUCGAUUCAAACUGAAGAUUCAAACAAUAACAAUUCCUUGACAGCGAUUAAUCUCACAAAGCCGAAAGUUCAACAUGAUGAGAAUGAGAAUGAUCUUCAGUUGUCCCCCCAGCAGAUACAGCUGGACAUUGCUGCUCUGAACCUGCUGUGUCUAGCUAGGUUACAAGAAACAGCUGCUGUUCUAACAGGAAGACGACCUCUUCCAGCUCAUAUGAAUAGUUCCUCCUUCCCUCUAGUCACAAACUCAAACAGGAGAAAUCAUAAAUGUGAUGAACCUGGCUGUGAUAAGGUUUACACAAAGAGCUCUCAUCUUAAAGCUCACAAGAGAACACAUACUGGUGAGAAACCUUACUCCUGUAACUGGGACGGAUGUGAUUGGAAGUUUGCAAGAUCUGAUGAACUAACCAGACAUCAUAGAAAACAUACUGGGAUGAAACCGUUUAAAUGUCAUCUUUGUGAACGAACAUUUGCAAGAAGUGAUCACUUGUCCCUGCACAUGAAAAGACAUGUUUAACUGAGAGUAGUUAAUAGUUGUUAAUUAAAGGUUUAUUGAAGAUAAACCAUCCUUUUAAUCCUCGACCUCAUACUGUGCAGUGCUCAUCUGUAUUCAGGGGACAGUGAGGAAUUGAAUGCAAAGGAGGGGUUUAUUGGAGCUAAACACAUCUCCAGGUCGCAAUCAACACUGAAUACACUCAUCCACGAUCCAACCUUAGUUCAACCUUCCAUGGGUUCAACCUUAACUGCAACCUUCUCUGGAAUCAAUCUUUGUAUUUUGUUCCAACCUUCUAUUGAUCCAUUCUUAGUUUAAAGUUUCUCUUGAUCUAGCUUUAGUUCCAACCUGCCCUGGAUCAUACCUUAGUUCAAGCCUUAUCUGGAUCCAACACUACUUUAAAGUUUCUCAUGAUCCAGCCUUAGUUCAAACCUUCUCUGGAUCAAACCUUAGUUCAAGCCUUAUUUGGAUCCAACCUUAGUUUAAAGUUUCUCAUAAUCCAGGCUUAGUUCAAACCUUCUCUGGAUCAAACCUUAGUUCAAGCCUUAUUUGGAUCCAACCUUAGUUUAAAGUUUCUCAUGAUCCAGCCUUAGUUCAAACCUUCUCUGGAUCCAACCUUCUCUGGGUCUAUUCUUAGUUCAACCAAGUACUUACACCUUCUCCUACUUCAAUCUUCUUCUGGUCCAAACUUCUCCAGCUCACACUGUCUCCAGUUCCAACACUCCGAUCUUCUCCAAUUUUAAUUUUCUCCAGCUCCAACCUUCUCCAGUACUGAACUUUUCCAACCAUGCUCCAUCAUCCAAAAAUAUCCAGUUCUAACCAUCUUUCCGAUCAAAACCCCUCAAACAUUAAACCUUUUCCAACCUUCUCCAGAAUACUCAACCUAUACCUUAGACAAUCAGAUCCUCCUCCCUCAGCUCUGUAUGGUUUGGUAUACUUAGAUAUGAGUUUACCUAUCUGGCAAUAUUUAUAAUCAGAUCCUCCUCCCUCAGCUCUGUAUGGUUUGGUAUACUUAGAUAUGAGUCUACCUAUCUGGCAAUAUUUAUAAUAAUUUGUUACAUUACGAUAUAAUUUAUAAAUAAAUUUAUUCAUUAAGUUUAA